UCUUCGUCUUAGAUUUAUGAUAUGUUUUUUGUAGACGGUUAUGAACUGAUAUUGGCGAAACCCAAUUAACAGAUAUGGGGCAAAACCACAGCUCAUCAUUUCCUGGGAGAAGAAAGUCAAUUCGAAGAUCUCUACGAUCCCCUUUCCCAAGGCGAUCAAGAACGACUCAGUCUCUCAGUGCAACUUUCAACUAUGUAGAUUCAGACGUUAAGGGUGACCAACUCAACUUGAACAACGCGACGGCCGAGGAGCUGAUGACUCUACCUGGUGUGACUCGCGCGAUCGCACAGAACAUUGUCGAGUAUCGGCAAGCCAUCGGUCGCUUUAACAAGGUGGAGGACUUGGCGUUGGUGUCUGGUGUCGGAGCCGAGAAACUCGGAACUAUCCGACCUGAGAUCUGUGUACAUCGUAGGAAGUCCAACAGCAGUAACCAGUCUUCUCGGGCCCAGUCUAUGGACAGCCUAGCCAGCAGUGAAGGAUCUCCGCGUCCCCCGCCACCCGUUGACAUCAACAAUGCCAACGUCUUCUCUCUGAUGACUCUACGCGGCGUUACUCAGGAGUUGGCGGCAAACAUUGUCGACUACAGAGAAAGACGAGGUCCUUUCAAUGCACUCCAGGAUCUGCUCAGGGUGAGAGGUAUGAGCGCUUGGCUACUCAGUAAUCUCCGUAGUCAGGUAGUGGUCGGCCCUCCUCCCCCCGGCACGCCCAUCCCACUCAACAAGAAGCUUAGUCUGACACUACUCAACGGAACCUCUCUAUCAAGGUUUGCAGCAGACCGCAAGCCCCAGAUGAACGGACAUGUCCCAGUGAAGGACAUAUUCGAGCUGUUGUGUGCCUACUCGCAGCGGCCCCUGGUGGACGAUGUGUUCCAAGGUAUGAGGGACGGCCGCUCAGCUCUGCGGCUGGCCUCAUGGAAUCUCACUGCGAUGACGGUCGACAAGAUAGACAACCCAGGGGUCAAGGAAGUGGUCUGUCGCACACUGCUAGAGAACCGAUUCUCCCUGGUGGCUACUCAAGAAGUAUUGGAUCCUGCAGCCUCAGAUAAGAUCGCAUGUGAACUCAACGAACCACGGUUGAGACGAGUGCAGGAGUGGAGAGGCAAGAGAGGUAAAUGGAAAAAUACUACGACUCUGUCCGCAGAUGGAAAGAGGAGUUGUGGUUUUCUAUAUGACUCGGAAACUGGUAUUGGCAUCCAAGACAUUCAAAUCAUCCAUGAUGACGCUACUGCGUUCGCCAUACUUGCACAGUUUGAAGUGGAUGCAGGUAGUGUCAGUUUGAUGAACAUUCACCUCUCCGCAGACGACAUCAAGGUGCGAGAGUUGUGUCAACGGCUGCUGUCUCAAUGUGAACCUGAUAUAGCUAUUGGUGACUUUACACCCUACCCUGACGCUGAGUUUGUUGAGGAGGGCUACACAAGAAUACUGCAGACUCCCACCAUCACCAACAGCAUGGCGCCAGGAACCUGCGGUGUCAACUAUAUGGACAACAUAUACCUUAACAAGCGCUCUCUCUCUAGAUAUACAGGAGUGGCUGGUAUUGUGAGACAAGGGUUAAACCACGUGGCUAUACCACGUGGGUGGCAGUGGGGAGGUCCUGCCAGUGAGCAUUGCCCUGUCUGGUGUGAGCUCUACACUUGAGCUCUCGGCCCCGCCGCUGUUGGUUAAACUGCACCUUCGUCUGCGAGGUCUUCCACUGAGACACAACUCGCUGGACGAUCAAUUUGCUUUCGCACCACACACGGUAACAACAGGUGAUGGAAUCUCAUUUCAGAUGAUGAUGAGGAUGCUUGGCGAAUAUUUUAAUUUUGUUAUGCUAUUCACUCGGUUAAUGUUAUCAGAUUUGAUUCUUACGUGUCUUGUAGGAUUUAAUUUUGAUUUAUAAUUUAAACAAUCGUUUGUUUA